AUGGCAAUAAGGUGGAUAGAUCUCGAUGCACCAAGUUCUAUCAGCAAGGAAGAUGGAUCUAUAACCAUUUUCAUAGACUUGGAGCUUUUGGAGCUAAUAUCUGCAUAUAACCCAACGCCAACGACGGAAUACAGGGUUCUAGAGCCAGAAGAUAACCUAGCAGAGCAAAAGAUCCCCAAAUCCUCAACAGGAAAAGCAGAUGAGGAAUCCUCUUCUACAACUCGUAAGUUGGUUAGGAAGUUUACCAGGAAGGUUAGUAAAACCAUCCCUGCAAAUUAA